AUGGAUGAGGAGCCUGGCAGCCCCCAGUCCCACAAGCCCAAGCAGCCACGGCCAGUGCAGAAGCUGAAGAAGAAGCGGCAGGAGCCCGUGCUGGAGGUCAAACCCCGGAGGUUGAAGGUGAAGAAGGCGGCAGACUCAGGCACCACGGAGGAGCCCUCCAUCCCAGUCCAGGGUGUCAAGAAGCUGAGGAAGAAGAAGGAGGAGAAAGGGGAGGAAGAGGGCGACAAGGACUCCCAUGCUAAAUCCAAAGAGCCCCGGAGGAAGAAGGAGCCUCCUUCCACCCCUGUCCAUGUUGCCAAGGUUGUGAAGAAGAAGCAAGAGCCUGCUGAGGACUCAGAGGAUGAGGAGGAGGGGGAGGAGGAGGAAGAGGAGGUGGUGAAUAAAGAUCCACCAAAGAAACUCAAGAAGAAGGUGCCCAAGGAGACGCCCUCGGCGGAGGGCAAGGAGAAGAAGGCGAAGCUGAGGGGAGACAAGAACGAGUCUGAAGGCAAAGCCAAGUCUGCCCGAAGCACCAAGAAGGAGCAGACAUCCAUGUUCCAAGUCAACGGCGAGAAGAAGGAGAAGAAGAGCAAGAAGAAAGGUAGGGGAAAUGAGGAGGACGACUCCGACGCCAGCACCAAGCCCAUCCGGUCAGAGAAGAAGAACCCGGCAUCCCUCUUCCAGACAGGCGGGGACCCCCCCAAGGAGAAGAAGACCAAGAAGAAAGCUGUCCACAAAUCCGCAGACACCGGGAGUGCGGAGCAGAGCCCGGAGCUGAGGAACUCCAACAGGAAGGGCAAGGGCAGGAAGGCCAAGAAGAAGGAGGAGCGGGCGCCGUCGCCCCCCGUGGAGGUGGACAACCUGGAGGAGUUCGUGCUGCGCCCGGCGCCGCAGGGCCUGAGCGUCAAGUGCCGCGUGACGCGGGACAAGAGGGGCAUGGACCGGGGGCUCUACCCCACCUACUACCUCCAUCUGGACAACGACAAGAAGGUGUUCCUGCUGGCCGGGCGGAAGCGCAAGAAGAGCAAGACCUCCAACUACCUCAUCUCCAUCGACCCCACGGACUUGUCGCGCGGCGGCGAGAACUUCAUCGGGAAGCUGAGGUCCAACCUCAUGGGCACCAAGUUCACCGUGUUCGACAACGGGGCCAACCCUGACCGUGCCAACGCCGACUGGUCCAACGUGCGGCAGGAGCUCUCGGCCGUGGUCUAUGAGACCAACGUGUUGGGCUUCAAGGGACCCCGCAAGAUGACGGUCAUCAUCCCCGGGAUGAACGCCGACAACGAGAGGGUGCCCAUCCGGCCCCGAAAUGACAACGACGGGCUGCUCAUGAGGUGGCAGAACCGCAACAUGGACAACAUCAUCGAGCUGCACAACAAAGCGCCUGUGUGGAACGACGAGACCCAGUCGUACGUGCUCAACUUUCAUGGCCGUGUCACCCAUGCCUCUGUCAAAAACUUCCAGAUCGUGCACGCCGAUGACCCCGACUACAUCGUGAUGCAGUUCGGGCGCGUGGCCGACGACGCCUUCACCAUGGACUACAACUACCCCCUGUGCGCCGUGCAGGCCUUCGCCAUCGCCCUGUCCAGCUUCGACGGCAAGCUGGCCUGCGAGUAG